UACUGGAUCAUUGACCAAUUCUAGCAAAACUGGCCCUCGACCCUCUGCAAAUUGAGCCAAUCCUGUCUUCUGCGGUUUACGACCCACAGAGAUCUCCAUUUGUGGUUCUCGUACACACACUUGUGAUCAUGGUUUCCCAACUUUUUUCAUCUCUUGCUGCCCCUGCUUUUGCUGCUCUGCUGUUCCUUUACUUCUUGUAUAGAAGAUCAAGGGAGAUCAAUGCAGCUGCAAAUGAUGGAACUGCAAGAGGCGAUUCUGUGGCUACUUCAUCAGGAGCAAAUAAGGAUGCAGCUGCAAACCAUGGAAUGGAAAGUGGCGAUUCUGGUACUCAUACUUCAACAGAAGUACCUGAAAUAGAUACUUCGUCGAAAUAUGACUAUGAAGUUUUCUUGAGCUUUAGAGGACCGGACAUUCGAGCAACUUUUACUGACCACCUUUACACUAGACUUACAGAGGCAGGAAUCCGCACAUUUAAAGACGAUGAAAGUCUCCGCAUGGGGGAAGAGUUUGCACCAGAACUUCUCCAAGCAAUUAAGCAGUCGAAGAUCUUAAUACCUAUCUUCUCGAAAAAUUAUGCCUCGAGUCCCUGGUGUCUCAAGGAGUUAGCCCAAAUGGUCAAGUGCAAGAAGAAUAAUGGGGGACAUAAGAUCAUCCCCAUUUUUUAUGAUGUGGAGCCUGCAGAGGUUAAGCACCAAAUUGGGGAUUAUGGACAGGCCUUUCGUUUACAUGAAAGCAAGAAGCGACAUGACGAAAAGAUUAUCACAGAGUGGAGGGCUGCUCUCAGAGCAGUUGGGGAAAUAAACGGACACGACAUUCGAAACAGGGAAAAAAAGAAGCCGAAGCUCUUCGUCUAGACUUGGACCAUCUGAAGCAGUAUCGUUUUACCUAUGAGGACUUUGAGAGCAUAGCAGAUCUACGGUUCCUUCAAUUGCACGGUUCAAUGAAAAAUUUUCAUGUAGAAGAGAGGCUUCUUUGGCGCGAAUCGCCAUCAAAUGUUCUUCCGAUUAGCGAGCAUUCAAGGCUCCUCCCAAAAUUACGAUGGAUUUCAUGGCCUGGUAUCCCCCCAACACUUAACAUUACAAAAUUCUCCAUGGAGGAUGUAGUUAUUCUAAAUCUAUCUAAGAGUGAAAUUACGGAUGAUUGGAAAGGGUGGAGCCACAUGAAGGUGAUGAAGAGAUUGAAAGUUCCGGAUCUGUUCAAAUGUCGGAAUCUUCAAAGGCUGCCAGACGAGUUGGGUAGAGAUUUUGCAGACCUUGAAUACCUAUCUGUAAGCCAAUGUGAUUCGUUGGAUAGGCUUCCGGAUUCAUUCGGAAAUUUGAAAUCGCUGAUUGAGUUGGAUAUAUCCUUCACACGCAUCAAAGAACUACCAGAUUCCAUCGGAAAUUUGGAAAAUUUGAAAGUAGUGAAUAUGUAUGGUACUAACAUAAG